CGCCUUCUCAACAUGGAAAUCAUCCAAACACCAUACCUAAAAUCCCUCUCGCACAGAGGCUACAUCCAAGGCGUCUCCCUUUCCUCCAAAUCCACCAAUACCUUACUAUGCCACUUUUUCGGCGGGCUCCGCUAUGCCCUUCCACCGCCGCAACGCUGGCGCAAAGCCCGUCCCCUGCCUCCAUCGUAUAGUUACGGCACGAAAGACCAUCCGGGCUACUGUCCCGGCGCUGCGGGUGUCUGCCCCCAGCCUAAUUUCAUGGACCUCUCUGUCUCCGAGGGCUGGGAUGAGGAUUGCUUCCAGUGUAAUGUUUGGGUUCCUGUGGGGGAGCCGCCAGAUGAUGGGUGGCCUGUACUUUUUUUCAUUCAUGGUGGUUUCUUGCAGUUUGGCACACCGAAUUUCUUCUCUGCUGCAGCACUGCUAGGCGAAACCGAUUUCAAUGCUAUUGUGGUCAUGCCCGCCUACCGUGUUGGCGUCUUUGGGUUCCUUUAUUCCUCUGAGAUCGAAACGGACGCGGCCUUGGUUGGCGAAACAGUUGGAAACCAUGGUUUCUGGGACCAACGCAUGGCUUUGGAAUGGACCAAGGAAAAUAUUGGCCUUUUUGGUGGUAAUGGGUCUCAAAUCACCCUUUCUGGUUAUUCUGCAGGCGCAUACUCUGUCUGCUACCAACUAGCCUAUGACCUCCAACUCCCCGAUACCCAAGCUCUCGUAAAACGAGCCUGCAUCUGGUCCAACUCCCCCGCCGCCCAACCCAAAUCACCCGCAGCCACCCAAGCACAAUUCAACGAGCUGCUCUCCGCGCUCAAAAUCCCCAUCUCCCUCCCGGACGCUGAGAAACUCGCCCGUCUCCGCGCCAUUCCAGCCUCAACCCUCCUUUCCGCGGCUACAAGCAUCGAAAUCAACCAGUUCCGCCCAACCUCGGAUUCCGUCUUCGUUUCCCCGACGCUCUUCCAGUCCUUCGACAACGGCGAAUUCGCCCGAAGGCUCAUCGCCCGCAAAGUCCGCCUCAUCCUAGGCGAAUGUCGCGACGAACACUUCCUCUACGCUACCUGGUACCCGCCUCAGAAUGAUCUCGCCUCGCUCCGUCAUCGGUUACUGGCUGAUUACCCGCGACAUGUCGUAGACCCGCUCGUCAAAUGCUACUACUCGGACGGUAGGCUUCCGGGGAACUGCGAGAACUGGUCCCCGGAUGCCUGGGGUCGCAUCUAUGCGGAUAUGCAGGUACAUAAGAUGCAGCGCGGCCUGGUCCAGUCGCUCGCUAGUCAUGGCGCGGCGGAUCUUCUGUACCGCUACCGGAUCGAGUACCGGCUCAAGUGUGCGGAUAAGUCUACCCCGCCUAGCUGGGGCGUGACCCAUGCCACGGACCAGUAUAUCUGGUUCUGGGGAAAUGGGGAGGUGGUUGAGCCGCAUGAGAAGCCGAUUAUCAAGCGCGCCUUGAUCGACCCGUUCAUUCGGUUUGUUCACGGCGAGGAAGAUCUUAACUGGGGGACGACCAACCAUCGGGAGAUCAGGACCUUGAAACCCGACGGCUCCGUUGAGAUCUGGCACGACGGCCUCUGGGAUGAUGCAAUGCACGUCUGGAAGACAUUGCGCGAAGCAGCUGAGUUUGAUGAUGCGGGUGCAUCCAGGCUUUGAUGCGUGUCAUCAAAACUGCUCCACCAUGUCGUACUCCUCAUCAGUAUACUAGACUUCGGUACAUAGUUCUUCGAUCGUUGCAGCGUAGUUCUUAAAUUCAUCAAUCAUAACCAAAGAGAGAGAGAGAGUUUGCGUCAACGCUAAUCAAAAAGUAGAUGAGGAAUA